CCUAGCCGCCACCCAAGCCCCCUCCUUCCCCUCCCUCCCCUCGCCACCGCCGGAGGAUGCUGGUGGGCGAAGCCCUCGUCGGUGGACGGCGGCGGCGGGGCCCUUGUUCGCCUGCUCGCGCGCUGGAGCGGUGGGAACGUGCUCGCGUGCUGGAGCGGUGGGAACGUGCUCGCGCGCUGGAGCGGUGGGAGCGUGUGGUGGCGCGUCGGAAAGUUGUCCGCGUGCAGGAGAGGUCGAGAUGGCGCGGUGCGUGUGCGCGGAGGCGCUGCUACGGCGGUUGCCGACCGCUGCAGCGAGCGGCAGAGCUGGGGGCGCCCAGAUCUGGGCCGCGCGGGCCCGCCUUGGCCCGAGUCAACCACUUUGCCCCCACCCACCCUUCUCCCUCCUCCCACCCCUCCCAGCCGCCGCCGGUGGUUGCCGCUGGGUUGUGCACGCGCGCGGUGACCCUGACGGUUGCUGCCAUGCUGUGCCACGGCGAAUCCCGGCGGCGGAGGCUGCGGGCCGGCGCGGUGCAGGUGAUCAUUGUCGCCUGCUGGACACGCUCCCGGUGGUGGCCGGCCUGCUGGCGCUGCGCUGGCCGGUGCCCAAACCUGCGACUACCGACGUUCCUAGGCUUCCCACUCCUUGUGCUUCCGUCUUCUCCAACGUUCUUCGUCAUGUCUGGUCUGCAUAUGCAUCUGAGGUCCUUGCUCAGGGGUCGGGGCGAAAUCCCCGCGCAGCGUCGGCCUGCGCUUUCAACGGCGACGCCCGAGGGUGCCGUCACCUCCUUGGAGGUGUUGGCAUGACCCUUGACCGGACCUCCUCCUCGAUCACCGGGAGAAAUCCUAGGUCCGGCCUCCUGGACCGGGCAGCGGCGGCGUCUCAACGCCGUUACCCUCUUGAGGGCGCUGCUUUGGCUGCAAGCGGAGUACUUGAUGCGGCAGAUGGUGGCUGGUGAUGCACCGUUGGCGUAGACGGCUAAACAGGGAGCAGGUUGUUUGCCAGCACCGGCCCUCCCCCACCGAUUGCUACACCAGUUCCAAUCAGGCCCUGCCUUUCACCCGCCGAUCCUAGGCACAUGGGUGUUAGGUACGUUGGCCUGGGCAGUCCUGGAGCUGCAAUUGUUCCUAGAGGUGUCUUGCAAUGGCGGCAGGGCGAGGCCUAAUAUCGUUGUGUGUCUGUAGCUGAGGGCACCUCCUUACCUAGUUGUAGUCGCUUGGUGAGAACGGUCGUGUGUGUGUGUGUGUGUGUCUGUGUGUGUGUCCCUCCUUUCUGGAGGUUGUACCCCCGAUGUCUUCUUCCUGUUCAAUGCAAUGAAAUGCAAA